CGAGCACGUGUAGUCGGUAAUUAUUACUUAUUGGUACCUAGGCUAGUAGUCGCUAGUGCGAUACGUUUAAAAGCUGCCGAUUAAUACCUAUAAAACCUCAAAAAUGCCUCGGAAGGGAAAACAAUCCAAUUCCAAGCUGCAUCACAUCAAAGGCUACACUCUGUUUGCCCGAAAUUUGCCCACUAAGAAAACCACUUCCCAAGUACACUUGCACUUCAGCAAGUAUGGCAAGAUUGUCUCGUGUCACGUGUCAGAAGGCAAGGACAUGUUUCAGGGUGCAAAUAGGAACAGUGCACUCAUCACAUACGAGUGUGAAGAAGAUCUACAGAAAGCACUCAAAGCCCUGCAUAUGAUGGACAACACGAAAAUUCUGGUAUCUGAAUACAUUCCACCGAAGAAAGUUGCUGAUGAAAGUGUCAAGGCUGAUGCGUCCAAGGAAUCCAUAAAGACGCUCAUAGCUCCUGAACAAGUUCCGCUCAUCAUGGAGGGCAACCCCGUAAUAUUUGUGUUCGGUUUGAACCUCACCACCAGCAAGGCUUACAUCAAAAAAUUUUUUGCGGAUUUUGGAGAGGUGCUGGACGUUGACCUGCCCAUUGAAGAGCCCGGCCUUAACAAAGGCUAUUGCUAUGUUCGCUUUGCCAGUGUCAGGAGCAUCAUGGAUGUAAUGCGGAAGAAAGUCUUGAGGCUGGACAAUAAGUUCUUGUCUGUCAUGCCUUCAGUCACUGAAAAUAAAUGGAGUUCUCUGCCGCCUAUUAUUGAGAAGAUAGAUCUUCGGAGCAAGAGUGCAAAGAAAACUGAUAAAUUAAAAGAUAAAUUGGCGGCAAAGAAGGAGAUGGCCGAGGCUGCGGAGGCUGCCCGUGUCCGGGAAAAUGAGGCGAAGCGUGCCGAGAUUGUUGCGAGGCGUGCUGAGGCAGGCGGCAUCACUCAGGAACAGAAGGAUUCGCUCCUGAAGGAUCCUGUCGUUGUAUUAGAGCCAGUAGGGCCAAAUGUUAGCGCCAAGUCUAUCAUUUCUGCAGUGCAAACGUUUGGGCCUGUGAGAAAAGUUUAUCUAACAAAAGACCGCCAUCUCCGAAACCUUGGAGUGGCGUUUGUUCAUUUCUCAAAGGCUCUGCAUGCUGAGAAGCUCAUCAACGAGUUCUGUAUUGACGUGGAGAAAUAUUGCGUAGAGGCGCGACCUCUGUUGGACGAUGAGGAGAGGGUGCAGGCCCAUGAGACAGAACAGACGGGGUCCGAGACUGACAAUGAAGCCUUCAAAAUUUAUGUGGAUGGCUUGGACCGCUCAGUGACUGCCAAGGAAGUUUAUGGCCACUUUGCAUUGUAUGGCGCUGUCACCAACAUCGAUAUGCCCAUCGCGAACAAAAGAAACCCCAAGAAGCACAACCGAGGUUUUGCCUUCGUGUCCUUUGCCAACCAGGAAUCUUUGGAUGCGGUGCUGGCUGUGGAGAUAUUGGGUGGGCACAAGAUAAAAUUCAAGCCGGUUAAUGUAAGGCUGGCCGAUCCAAACCGCAGUAAGAAGAGGAAGCUGCAGCAGGACGUCGACGACAGCGACGAGCCCAAGAGCAAGAAGGAGAGAAGACAGAGGAAGAAAACUUCCGUGAAUGAGGCGGCGAGUGAAGAUGACGAAGAAAUGGGGUCAGAGAACGAACAAUCAGCUAAUGAAGAUGAUAGUGAGGGAGAAUUGUUAUUGUCUGACAGUGAUGAAGAAUAAACAAUUUUAUGGGA